UCACUAAAUGGUUUAUUACCUUCAUUUUCUUAGUCAUUUCUUUGUUGAGUCGCACACACAGGUACACAGCAGAGAUGAGCAGAACAGGGACGAUGCUGUCCCAAGCUUCCGACUCUGCAACUGAACUCACAAAAUUCCAUGGAGAAGAUCCGAGUGAUGGCAUCGGAAGUUUGGAGCAGAAGAUGCACCAGCUCAAGUUGCAAAUUCAAGCAGAGAGGGUGAUAUUAGUAAAAGAAAAAGUUAAGAAGAACAGGGAGAAGGUAGAAGGUUAUGUUUCAAAAACUAUAUCGGAGACAUCAAGAGCGAAUUUGAAUGCUUCGUCAUCAGAGCAAAAUGGGAGCUUUAAAUUGUUUUCUUCAAGAAUUGAACAGCCUCUCUGCAAAAUCAGUGGAUUUGCGCAGGGAUAUGGUGAGAAAAACUGGAUUGAGAAUCAAGAGGUUUUAUUCUCAUCCAGUACCAAGCUCCCACUUGUUGACAAGAUACCGCCUUAUACAACUUGGAUAUUCUUGGACAGAAAUCAAAGAAUGGCUGAAGACCAAUCAGUAGUUGGGAGGAGGCGUAUUUACUACGAUGAAGAUGGCAGUGAAGCUCUUGUCUACAGUGGCAGUGAUGAUGAGGCAGAAGAACCCGAAAAAGUAAAACAUGAAUUUUCUGCGGGCGAAGAUCGAAUUCUGUGGAUGGCCUUUCAGGAGCAUGGCCUAGGCGAGGAAGUAGUGGAAGUUGUGAGGGAGUUUAUUGGAGUCCCCAUUUUGGAAAUCCUGGACCGUUAUAACACAAUCAAGGAAAGGAACCGCGAGAAACGUGAACCCGAUGGGUGCAUUUCUCUUGAUAAGAGUCUUAGUGCUGCAUUAGAUUCUUUCGAUAACCUUUUCUGUCGCCGUUGCUUGGUGUUUGAUUGUCGUUUGCAUGGAUGUUCUCAACCUUUAAUAUAUCCUAGUGAAAAGUCGCAGUGGUCCGGUCAUGACGAGAACCAGGAACCUUGCAGUGAUCAAUGUUACCUCAGGUUGAGUAUAGUAACAUCUGAGAGAGAAAGUGCUCCAGGAUCAUCCAUUAGUGCCGAGCGACCAAGUUCUCUUGGCUAUACAGACCUCACACACAACGAAAGAAGCAUUCCUGGAGAUGCUGAGACUACAACUUCAGAAACCAUUCAGUGUUCUCAUAUCCUGAAGAUGCACAAUGAAAAUACAGGGAAGCGCAAGGUCAUGAAGCAUACAGAUAAAGUGGCAAAGGACCUAACUAUAGUACCUGAUGAUUUCCACGGUUCUUCUAAGAAACAAAAGAGAUUAGAUGCUUUGGAUUUGGUAACUGCAACUAGUGAACCUAUCCCUGUUCGGGUUCACAUUUCCAGAGGUGAACCAAGAGAUGUAGCCGAAGUGCCUGAACUGAGGCAAACAUCCAAUUCUACACGUGGACAAGUUGAGGGGAUGUGUAGCAACUCUGAGUGGAAACCAGUGGAGAAAGAUUUAUACAUGAAGGGACUACAGAUAUUUGGGAGAAACAGUUGCCUCAUAGCGAGGAACUUACUCUCCGGAUUGAGGACGUGUAAGGAAGUGUCUAGUUACAUGCAUAAUUCUGGAUCUUCAACGCCUAACAGAUCUGUGGUUGAACCAUCGUCAUUUAUGGAAGACAAUGUGAAAGCUGAUUUGGAUCAGACAGAACAAGAGAUGUCGUCAAAGCCACGGUUACUUCGUAGAAGGGGAAAAGCACGGAGGCUGAAGUAUUCUUGGAAGUCUGCUGGGCACCCAACAAUGUGGAAAAGGAUUGCUGAUGGCAAAAACGAUUCACUUAAACUGUAUACGCCAUGUGAAUGCCAGUCUAUGUGUGGAAAGGAAUGUUCUUGUAUGAGUAAUGGAACCUGCUGUGAAAAAUACUGUGGGUGCUCAAAGAGUUGCAAAAAUAGGUUCAGGGGAUGUCACUGUGCAAAGAGUCAGUGUAGAAGUCGGCAGUGCCCAUGCUUUGCUGCUGGGCGCGAAUGUGACCCGGAUGUCUGUCGUCAUUGUUGGAUUAGUUGUGGGGAUGGUUCACUAGGCGAGCCACCGAAACAGGGAGAUAGUCAGUGUGGUAACAUGAGGCUUCUUCUAAGACAACAACAGAGGAUUCUCCUGGGCAAGUCUGAUGUUGCUGGUUGGGGAGCCUUCUUAAAGAACCCCGUAAACAAGAAUGAUUAUCUUGGAGAAUAUACUGGUGAAAUCAUCUCGCAUCAGGAAGCAGACAAGCGGGGGAAGAUUUAUGAUCGUGUAAACUCAUCAUUCCUUUUCGACUUGAAUGAACAGUAUGUCCUAGAUGCUUACCGAAAGGGAGACAAGCUUAAAUUUGCAAACCACUCAUCAAAUCCUAACUGCCAUGCAAAGGUAAUGCUGGUUGCGGGUGAUCAUCGAGUUGGCAUAUUUGCCAAGGAGCAUAUUGAUGCCGGUGAGGAGCUCUUCUACGAUUAUUGUUAUCUAUCAGAGGCAGCACCUGUAUGGGCUCAAAAACCGGAGGGUUCUAAGAGGGACGAUUCAUCUGUCUCCCGAGGCAGAGCGAAAAAGCACCAAGCCCUUUGAAUGGAUAGUUAGCGUGGAUGGAGAUGUACCUAAGUAUCAAGUGUGGCGCAUAGCUCGACUCUGGAGGGUUUUAUCCAUGACAACAUCCGGGACAAGAAUUGUCCUUCUAGGUCAAUAAGGCUGUAUUGGAAAUAAGGUUUUUUUUUUUUUUGGAUUUAUAGACAAUAAGUUUGAAUUCUUCUAGCAGUUCGGUAUUGUAGUUUGUGUUCGGGAAUGCUAUCGCAGAGAGGCAUGUUGUGAUGGUAAUAACCGGAAAUUCUAUGUAAAACAUUUCUCGAGAUGAAAAAAGGGUUGAAUUGAUUUA